AUGGGAUAUGCAGCGAUUUGCUACGUGGAGUGUGUUUAUUAUCCUGCACUGACUGCGAUUGGUGUCCCCCUUAAUUUGUUGGCGGUUGUGAUCCUCUGUCGUGGAAAAUGCGGACUGUCCAAAUGCAUCACUCGUUACCUGGUGGCAAUGGCAACAGCUGAUUUAAUGGGUGUUAUCAUUGGCGUUGCAUUCGAGCGGAUCAAUAAUAUUUAUAUUUUUGCGAAAUUUUUGUUCAUCGCCCCGAUUUGCGCUACGUUAGUUGUCUUCAGGCUGGCAGCCAUGGACUGUUCUGUCUGGCUAACGGUGGCUUUCACAUUUGAUCGAUUUAAUUUGACGGCAAUUGUGAUCCUGUGUCGUGGAAAAUGCGGACUCUCCAAAUGCAUCACCCGUUACCUGGUGGCGAUGGCAACAGCUGAUCUAAUGGGUGUUAUCAUUGGCGUUGCACUGGAACGGAUCAAUAAUAUUUAUGUUUUUGCGACAUAUUUGCUCAUCACUCCGAUUUGCGCAACGUUGCUUGUGUUUCGGCUAGCUGCCAUGGAAUGUUCUGUCUGGCUGACGGUCGUUUUCACAUUUGAUCGAUGUAUUGCCAUUUGUAGUCAAAAACUGCGGAAACGAUAUUGUACCGCGAGGGCAGCGACUACAGUGGUGGUGAUUGUGUGCAUAGGGAGUUGUUUAAGGUGUGUUCCGUUUUACUUUUCAGUGGAUGCUUUCGCGAUUAUUGACAACGUUCCAUGGCGCUGUAUUGGCAGGGCAGAUUACUUUACUUUACCAGUGUGGAAAGCUUACCAGGUGUUUAAUAGUAUCAUUACCCCCUCAUUGCCAAUUGGUUUAAUUAUAUUGUUCAAUGCUUUAACAGUCAGUCAUAUUAUCGCUGCAAACAGAGUCCGCCGGGGACUCCGGAGCAGCAAUGACAAUAAGAAGGAUUCAGAGGUGGAAAACCGGAGAAAGUCAAUGAUUUUACUGUUCGCUCUAUCGGCGAAUUUCAUUUUAUUGUGGAUCCCCUUUAUAGUCUCUGCUAUGUUCUGGCAGGCUCAAAAUUACUUUUAUACAGACAGAUAUCUUAAUUCGCCGUCGUUUAUCCUGCAAGAGUUUGGGUUCAUGUUGCAAUUUCUCUGCACCUGCACCAACACGUGUAUCUACACACUGUCCCAGAGGAAAUUCAGGGAAGAGAUGAAGAAAGGAGUGAAACAUCUGGUCACAUUGAGUGGCCGACUUUGUAGAUAA